UUGCUUAACAACGUCAGCACACUGUAAUUAAUAUUCAUGAAUCAGUCCUUAGCCAUAGUAUGUUGUACAAACUCCGUCCAGUCCAGUGAGAUGUUUGAAGGAGUGCGUCUUUAGCUCUAUGAUAGGAUAUGAGAUGGCUCUCCCAUGUGGAGAAAAAUGGACAAUGCACUCCCUCUUGUACAGCCACAGUUGCGCAAAGUGUCACUUUCGGUAAUAGCCAUAGGUACAAGACAUUAGAAUAUAUAAUAUUACAGUUGUAUGAUUUGCGUUACUUUCAUCUUCGGUUACAAAAAAGGUGGUAACCCGUAGGGUUCAAAUAUAUUAAAGCAUUAUCUCGAUGGACACUUCUUACAAAAUUGUAGUUGUAACAGGUUUUAGUCCUUUCCGACAAUAUGUUGUGAAUCCAAGUUGGGAGGCAGCUAAGGGUUUGAAGAUGGCAGGACUUGGAUUGGACAUAGAAAUCCAUAGUAAGGAGAUUCCUGUCAGUUAUGCAAAAUCCCAACAAGUCCUUGAUGAUAUCUGGCAGACGAUGACUCCAAAGGUUAUUAUCCAUUUGGGCAUAGCUCCAGGAGCCAAAGGCAUCACAUUGGAGCAAACAGGGAAGAACCACUGCUACAAAGACAGGGAUGUGAGUGGUCUGUGCCCUGAUCAUCACUGCUGCAUUGAGGGAGGACCAGACCGACUUGACUCCAUCAUAGACAUGAGGUCCCUUACCAAGCAUUUAAAAAGUAUGGGGCUUGAUGUCAUCUACUCUAGGGAUGCUGGGAGGUACCUGUGUGAUUUCGUGUACUACUAUUCGCUGUACCGUGGGCAGGGAAAGGCUGUGCUGAUCCAUGUGCCAGCCUCAGGGAGCCUGGCAAGCCCAGAGAGACUGGUACCACAACUCCAGACCAUCAUCCAGGCUGUGUUACACCAGCUGGACCAUCCUGCACACACACAACCUCAGGACAGGUAGAAAACAUCCUCCACAAAACAUAAU